UUUAACAAUUUUGGAGACAGAGUGAAGCACUGGAUGACAUUGAACGAGCCAUUGGCAGUAGUGCAACAAGGAUAUGUUGCAGGUGGAUUGGCUCCAGGAAGAUGUUCCAAAUUCACAAACCCUAAUUGCACCGGCGGAGAUGGAGCCACCGAGCCUUAUAUCGUGGGUCACAAUCUCAUCCUUGCUCACGGAGCCGCGGUAAAAGUCUACAGAGAAAAAUACAAGGGAUCUCAAAAAGGUCAAGUUGGUAUCGCUCUGAACGUGGGUUGGUACUUGCCCUAUACAGAAUCAGCCGAAGAUAGGUUAGCCGUGGCACGAGUCAUGGCCUUCACAAUUGACUACUUUCUGGAACCAAUUGUGACCGGUAAAUACCCAGUGGACAUGGUCAACAAUGUGAAAGGCGGUCGUUUGCCAACAUUCACUGCAGAACAAUCUAAGAUGCUUAAGGGCGCAUAUGACUUCAUUGGCAUUAAUUAUUACUCUUCCGCUUAUGCAAAGGAUGUCCCCUGCUCUACCGAAAAUGUUACACUCUUCUCUGAUCCUUGUGCCAACGUCACAGGUGAAAGAGAAGGAGUUCCCAUCGGUCCAAAGGCUGCAUCAAAUUGGAUUUUGGUAUAUCCAAAGGGAAUUCGUGAUCUUCUCCUCUAUGCAAAAUACAAGUUCAAAGAUCCAGUCAUGUACAUAACCGAAAAUGGCAGAGAUGAAUUUAAUACCGGUAAAAUAUUUCUUAACGACGGCGACAGAAUCGAUUUCUACGCUCGACAUCUUGAGAUGGUUCAAGACGCGAUCUCGAUUGGAGCUAAUGUGAAGGGAUUUUUUGCGUGGUCGUUGUUGGACAACUUCGAAUGGGUAAAUGGAUACACAGUUCGUUUCGGGCUGGUUUAUGUGGAUUUCAAAGAUGGAUGUAAGAGAUAUCCCAAAAAAUCUGCUGAUUGGUUCAAAAAGUUUUUGAAUCCAAAGAAAAACAGCUGACGGAAAUAAUAAAAUAAGUCGGUUAAACU